AAAAAAGAAAAAAAAAAAAAAAGGAAGUAUUUUGUGGGCCAGUUUUCCUUGAUAAUAGAAAAAAAAUUAGAAGCUAUCAUUACUAUUUACCACCAAAUGAAAGCCCAAUUUGUCCUGAAAAAAACACAAGGUAUAAACCACCUGGAUGUACAAAGUAGUUGUUUGAUGAAAUAUGUACGGUUUUACUAUCACAUGUCAACGUUGCAGAAUUGUGCUUAGGCAUUUAGAUUUGUUUUAACCCUUAGGCGUGAAGGGUUUAA